AUGUCCUCAACCGAAGCUCAACUACAAGCCUUCUCAUCUCCUGGAGAAGAUGCAAUUACUAGAUCUCUAGAUGUCUCUUCUGAAAAAACGCCAGCUCCAGGAUCGAGUAGCUUCUUUGCUUACUACGAGAUUGAAAAUACCGUCAGAAAGAUUGAACAAGGAAACUAUAAACGGUUCCCGGACGAGCUGCUACAUGACUCUGUACCAAUAUUCCGCACUCUCCAAGAAAGGCUGGGUCCGCAAAGAGAAGCAUACGUUCUCGCUGACACGUCAUAUGGCAGCUGUUGCGUUGACGAGGUUGCUGCAUCACAUGUGGAUGCAGACGUCCUAGUACACUACGGACACGCAUGUUUAAGCCAGACAUCCCGAUUGCCAAUUAUUUACGUCUUUGGUCAAAAGACGCUUAACGUGGAAGACUGCGUCGAUAAAAUCUCUACUUAUCUGAUGGACAAUGUCGAAAAUCUACGGGACACCAAGGUCCUUCAUCUAAGGCAUGACGUUGGCUUCACACACCUCGGUGACGAGCUUGCUAGGUUACUUCGGCUUGCAACGAACGAUCGAUACUGUAUAAAAUAUGAACACCUGCCGGAGCAAACCAUACCUAGAUCUGCAGGUACAAAUGACCCACAUCAAGCAGGGCGUUCGGCAGCUAUCAAUGAACCAAUUAUAUGCGCAGCUUCAACAUCGUCAAGCGACUCCUCAUUGAAUAGGACUUUAAUGGUUUGGGUCGGCGAGGAACCGCCAACGCUCACCAAGAUCUUGAUGACUUCAUCUGGGAGUAAUGUAAUUUCGUAUAAUCCACAGUCAGGCGUCGUCCAAGAGCAGACAUACCGAACGAACAAGCUCCUGAUGCGGCGAUACGCAAUCCUUCAAAAAGCUCGGGAUGCAGACGUCUUCGGUAUCCUCGUCGGCACGCUCGGAGUUGCAUCAUAUUUGCCUCUGAUGAAAUACCUCCGAGAACGUCUAAAGCGAGCACACAAAAAAUCCUACACAGUCUCUGUAGGGAAGAUCAAUCCAGCCAAGCUUGCGAACUUCAUGGAGAUUGAAUGUUGGGUAUGGGUUGCAUGUAGUGAGGGUAUAGUAGAUUCAAAGGACUACCUUCGACCGAUCAUCACUCCGUACGAACUCGAGCUUGCAUUGCAGCCAGAACCCGACUGGACAGGAAAAUAUAUCUUUGAUUUCGAAGAGCUUCUUGCAAAAGCGUCGCUUGAUGGAGAAAACGAGGAGAGGAAAGAAGACGCUGACCUAGAUCGACCAAUGUUCUCUCUCGUCAGUGGGACGUACCGUCAUGCCAAGCGAUACGGUGUCGGCAACGACGAGAAAGAGGAAACCGUAAUAGACUCUAAAGAGCUCACAGUUCGCACGCAAGACAAUGCACUAACGAAGAUGGAUGACAGUGCAGCAGCUCAGUUUCUUCACGCACGAUCGUACCAAGGAUUAGAUCCUCGUUUAGGCCAAGAUGCACCUAGUUUACUGGAACAAGGUCGAAGUGGGAUCGCCCGUGGGUACAGUGACGAUCAUCGAGAAUCAACUGGAUAAGAAACCUCGAAACUUGAAUUGACUAUCAGGUUGUAUUGUAGUUGCC